AUGGGUUCGGUGGUUGAGAAGAUUCAGUCCGCCAAGAGCGGGCAGAAUGAAGCCUUUACCAGCCUACUGACAGGCUUUGGGGCUUCCCUGUUGGCGGCGGCCGCCCAGGCCGCUGAAGUUUCCGAGCUCAAACGGAAGUUGAAGCUUGCCGAUGAUGACCUCGACCGUCUUAACAAGCGGUUCGAUGAGGCGCAAGGUAGUGCGGCCGAGGUUGAGACUCUGAUGGGCGCCUUGUCGCAAGCCCAAGAGCAGGCAAGAGUUAGUGAAGCGGCAACUGAUAAAGCGGCUGCAGAUUUGAAGGCCGAGCAGGCCACCCGCCGCCAGUAUGAGGAGAGGGUGACCGAGGUCGAGCAAGAGCUCGAGGAUGCUACCCGCAAAUGUGAGGCCUUGGAGAAGGAGAGUAAGGCUCAAGCAGCCGAACUAUCCAAGGCUCUUCAAGAGGCCAGGGAGGCACGGACUAAGUCUCGAGUGGCUCGCGAGGAGAUCAAGCAAGCUGGGGAGAUAGCGGCUGGUAAGUCCUUUCUUGUGCAGAGUAAAUUCGGCAGUCAAGAAUAUGCCCCGCUUACUCGAUUGUGGAGUUCUCCAGAUGCGUUUGCGGAUCUUCCGGGGAGCGCCGCUGACGCUGUGAAGUUUUUCCGGGCCCAAGAGGGGAACACGACGGAGAAGCUCUUCUAG